AUGUCGUGGAGACUCACAAAGAAGCUGAAGGAAACGCAUCUGGCGCCUCUAGCUCAGUCUUUUGGUCGUUCAUCGUCCACAUCGACCAUCAAGGGUGAACCUGCCGAAGAGACCCCGACACCAUCACAACGACCCAGUAUAGUAUCACAGACCUCCAAUGGAAUUGCCGACUCGGAGGCUUUGAUCUCGCCCCCGGUCGCUCCAGUCAAACCCGGUAUAUUGAUCGUCACUCUUCACGAAGGAAAAGGAUUUUCGCUAUCCCCCCAUUAUCAACAACUAUUCAACUCUCACUUCCAAAAUCCAAACGCGCCCGUCCGCCCGAAUUCCUCCUCUUCACACUCCACUCAGACCGCUGGAUCGUACACACAACCCGCUCGUCCCCAAUCUACCAGCAGCGGCAUCAAUGCUGCCCCUACAAUUCACGGUCGCUACCUGACCAAAUAUCUUCCAUAUGCGCUUCUCGAUUUCGAUAAGAACCAGGUCUUUGUUGAUGCUGUGUCUGGUACACCCGAAAACCCCCUGUGGGCUGGCGACAACACCGCCUUCAAGUUCGAUGUCUCCCGGCAAACCGACCUGAGUAUACAGAUAUAUCUUCGCAACCCAGCUGCUCGGCCUGGAGUUGGUCGUAGCGAAGACAUAUUCCUCGGAGCUACGAAGAUGUCCCCUCGUUUGCAAGAAACCAAUUCAUAUGUGGAGAACCCUAAGCUUAGCAAAAAGGAUAACCAGAAAGCGGCUGCUGAACAUGAGAAGAGCGUGAAUGAGUUGGAAAAUGAGUGGCUGGAUCUGCAGUUUGGAACUGGUUCGAUCAAGAUUGGUGUUUCGUUUGUGGAGAACAGGGCUCAUAGCAUGAAGUUGGAAGAUUUCGAGCUCUUGAAAGUUGUUGGCAGGGGAUCAUUUGGCAAAGUCAUGCAGGUGAUGAAGAAAGAUACCGGCCGUAUCUAUGCGCUCAAGACUCUCCGCAAGGCACACAUUAUCUCCAGAUCCGAAGUUGCACAUACUCUUGCCGAGCGAUCAGUAUUAGCCCAGAUCAACAAUCCGUUCAUCGUACCGUUGAAGUUUUCCUUCCAGUCUCCCGAGAAGUUGUAUCUUGUCCUCGCAUUCGUGAAUGGCGGCGAAUUGUUCCAUCAUCUACAACGUGAGCAACGCUUUGAUAUAAACCGAGCUCGUUUCUAUACCGCCGAAUUGCUGUGUGCGCUUGAAUGUUUGCAUGGUUUCAAGGUCAUUUACCGUGAUUUGAAGCCGGAGAAUAUUCUGUUGGAUUACACUGGUCAUAUUGCAUUGUGUGAUUUCGGACUUUGCAAGCUUGAUAUGAAGGAUGAAGAUCGGACCAACACCUUCUGCGGUACGCCCGAAUACCUCGCUCCAGAAUUGCUGUUAGGCAAUGGAUAUACAAAGAGUGUGGACUUUUGGACUCUUGGGGUUCUACUCUAUGAAAUGUUGACUGGUCUGCCACCAUUCUACGACGAAAACACAAACGAAAUGUACAAGAAGAUUGUCCAAGAACCAUUGACAUUCCCAAGCCACGACAUCGUCCCCGCCGCAGCACGCGAUCUUUUGACUCGUCUUCUGGACCGUGACCCUCAACGCCGUCUAGGCGCCAACGGAGCCGCGGAGAUCAAGGCACACCACUUCUUCUCGAAUAUUGACUGGCGCAAGCUACUCCAGAGGAAGUAUGAACCUACAUUCAAACCCAACGUGGUCGAUGCCCUGGAUGUGGAAAAUUUCGACGUCGAGUUCAUAAAUGAAAAACCCAUCGAUUCAGUGGUCGAGGGUAACGCUCUCUCUCAGACGAUGCAAGACCAAUUCGUGGGAUGGUCUUAUAACAGACCCGUUGCAGGAUUCGGUGAUGCUGGAGGCAGUGUCAGAGAGCCCGGAUUUCCAACCAUUCAAGAAUAAAAAAAAAUAUCGAUUUCUCGCAAAUAUUCUUUCUGUCUAAGCGUCCAUCAACGAAAUAUAACAAAUCAUACAGUGACGAAAAUCCUGUCUGCUUCCGGUCCAUUUGUUGAGAUUCUAGAUGAAUACGAGAGGGAAAAAUCACUAUGAUGAAAGAUUGGAAGGAGAAACAAAUCAUUGCACCAGUCCUUUUUUUUUCUCUUUUAUUUUCUGCAAAUCAUCAUGUUUUCGUCGCCUAGCGGACGCAUUGUUCUCAUUCAUUGUGUGUGUGCCAGUGUUCUAUUUCAUGUCUCAUAUCAGUUUGAACCUUUUUUCCAUUUUACAUAUAAAUCGAUAGGCAGGUCCUUUUGUUUGAAAUACAUUUUCUUG